AGAGGAUUUUUUUCUCCGCUAGGAAGUUACGCAUAGAACCUGACCAAUGUAAGAGAAUAAAAAUAGAGAAUAAAGCAUUAUUACACAAGGGGUUGCUGUAUAUUUUGUAGAUUUGAAAUGGUUAGCUGUUUGGUUUGCUGCCUAUGUUUCAUUAUCUUUCUUGCAGAUCGUGGAUUAGGCUUUAAUGAUUGCAAUACAUCAACAUGUGGGAGCUUCGGACCACCUGUCCGAUUUCCCUUUCGAAUCAGAGGCAAGCAACCGCGCCACUGUGGCUAUCCUCAAUCUGAGUUUCAUCUUUCUUGCUCGGAGAAGAAUGAUACUGUGCUGCAACUGCCAAAUUCAUGGAAACUUUUCAUCCUGGAAAUUGAUUAUAAGUCUCAAGUAAUUUAUGCAAAAGAUUCAGGAGGUUGCCAUUUUAGACGGCUUAUUUCAAACUUGAGUCUGUCCGUUUCUCCCUUCGAGUUGAUGAAUACAAGAGAGAAUAUCACCUUAUUCAAAUGCCCAUCAAGGAAAAUACAAGGUUGGUCUUAUUCCGUACGUCAGAUCCCUUGCCUUAGUGAUCUACACUAUGAUUUCCUUGGCGCUUCCUCAUACUAUUUAAUUGAAAAUCCCGACCUAUUAUCCUGCACCAAGAUACACGACUAUCCAGAAGUUGCACUCAUGGAUAAUCUGGAGAACUGGGAAGGCAGGAAUUGGUCCAAUCCACUUCUAGGAUUGAGUUGGAUCAAUCCAACAUGUAAAUCUUGCGAGGCAAAAGGGGCAUCAAUAAAGUUUAUAGAGACAGGUGCAGUCCUAGGUUCUGUUCUUCUUGUAGCAGCAGUUGUUCUACUCUAUCGUAGAUAUAGUUUCAACAAGAUGGAAAAAGAAUUUCAGUCCAAGAUUAAAAGUUUUUUGGAUGACUACAUGUCUCACAAGCCUACUAGAUAUUCGUAUGCUGAUAUUAAGAGGAUGACUAGCCAAUUUAAAGACGAAUUAGGCCAAGGAGCUUAUGGAAAUGUGUUUAGAGGGAAGCUAUCUGAUGAAAUUCUAGUUGCUAUUAAGGUUCUCAACAUCUCCAAAGGAAAUGGAGAGGAGUUCGUUAAUGAAGUUGGAACAAUAGGCAAAAUCCACCACGUCAAUGUGGUUCGUUUGAUUGGAUUUUGCGCUGACGGGUUUAGACGAGCUCUAGUUUAUGAGUACUUGCCAAAUGAUUCAUUGCAGAAAUUCAUCUCUCCAGCAGAUGACAAGAACCAUUUCCUUGGGUGGAAAAGGCUGCAAGAUAUAGCACUUGGCAUAGCUAAAGGAAUUGAGUAUCUUCAUCAGGGUUGUGAUCAGAGAAUCCUCCAUUUUGAUAUCAAACCGCAUAACAUCCUGCUUGACCACGACUUCAAUCCUAAAAUCUCAGAUUUUGGGCUGGCUAAGUUAUGUGCUAAGGAUCAAAGUGCAGUGUCCAUGACAACAGCUAGAGGGACCAUUGGCUACAUCGCACCUGAAGUGUUCUCAAGGAACUUCAGGAAUGUUUCGUACAAGGCAGAUAUUUAUAGUUUUGGAAUGUUAGUAUUAGAAAUGGUUGGAGGAAGGAAAAUUGUUGAUAUUACAAAGGACAGUGAUGAGCAAAUAUACUUUCCAGAAUGGAUUUAUAAUCUUUUAGAAGAAGGAGAAGACCUUAGGUUCCAUAUUGAAGAAGAGGGAGAUGCUAAAAUUGCAAAGAAACUAGCAAUUAUCGGACUCUGGUGCAUUCAAUGGAACCCAGUCGAUCGCCCCACCAUAAGAGUUGUUGUUCAUAUGUUAGAAGGUGAAGGAGAGAAUCUAACAAUACCUCCCAAUCCUUUUAACUCUGGCAUUCAAACAAAGAAGAAUCCAAAGAUUUCAGGGAAGCGACUCCAUUCAGAGUUGGAUGCCAUCUCAGAAACAGAAUAAAAGUCAUAAAUAACAUGCAUUUACAAGUACUUCUCAUCAUAGUUUCCCAAUAAUGUGUCGCGCAAGUUUGUGAACAAUUCAUGCUCAGUUGUUAAUGUAUUGUACUACAGAACUGAUUCAAGUCUUGCUAUUUGAACUUAGUAGCACUAGUAUGUUAAAUUUACCAUA